CUCUCUCUCUCUCUCUCUCUCUCUUCGUUUUUGCCAUUCUCGCGCUCUGCGGCUCCUGCGCUUCCCUAGGGUUUCGGCGGUUCCCCCAUUUCUCCUCGAAGUGCUUUCGGGAAGGAGCAGAUUUUUACACUCCUGAGAUUUGGAAGCAAUUUGCUCCAUCCUUCUGACGAACUCCUCCAUGCUGAUGUUUAAUCUUUUGCUAUAAAUGUGGUUUGGCUCUGGAGAUGAGAAGUUCUCAGGAAGCCUACGCUUAAUGGACUGCUCACCCAACAGCAGCAGUGACAAGAAGACUCUGAAGCGGUGGUUCUUUAUAGACAAAAGGGUUGGGUAAAGGAAACUGGGUUAAAGGUGCCUAGAUCUCCAUUCUGACCAAGUGGCUGUUUAAAGAAUUCGUUUUGGUUUAGAGUACAUAUAUACCGUAGCAAGAAAUCUGGAUCCAAUGGAAAUGAAGCCUAAUCAUGCUUCUCCUGUUCUUACUGAUCCUGCUCCUGUUACCAAGUCAAGGCUUGGCAUCCGCUUGUGGCCUCAGAAUGGAGCAGCGCUUUCCUCGAGCAAGUGCAUAACAAUUCCGAGGAAAAAGCCUGGAAUACUGGAUGAUGUCCGCUCCAACGGCUGGCUCGAUGCCAUGAAAGCAUCCUCUCCCCCUCGCAAAAAGCUUGUCAAGGAUUUCAUUCUUGAAGUUGCUGUAGAUGACUCCGAUGCUGCUUAUGUAUCCUGGAUGCUUAAGCAUCCAUCAGCUCUCAAUUCUUUCGAGCAAAUAAUUGAGCAGGCUAAGAACAAGAAGAUAGUGGUGUUUCUGGACUAUGACGGUGUUCUGUCUCCAAUUGUUGAUGACCCAGAUUGUGCAUUAAUGUCUGAUGAUAUGCGUGUAGCUGUAAAGAAUGUCGCAGAUCGCUUUCCUACAGCAAUUAUCAGUGGAAGGAGUCGCGACAAGGUUUACGAUUUGGUAGGACUAACUGAACUCUACUAUGCUGGUAGUCAUGGAAUGGACAUUAUGGGCCCUGUCAACAACAGUGUGUCCAAUGACCACCCAAGCUGCGUUAAAUCAACUGACCAACAGGGGAAGGAGGUAAAUCUCUUCCAGCCUGCUAGAGAAUUUUUACCCGUGAUUGAUGAGGUUUUUAGAACCCUCGUCGAAAAUACAAAGGGUAUCACAGGCGCAAAAGUUGAGAAUCACAAGUUUUGUGCCUCUGUACAUUAUCGUAAUGUAGAUGAAAAGAAUUGGCCAGUUAUUGCUCAGUGUGUUCAUGAUAUUCUGAAAGAGUAUCCUCGUCUACGGUUAACACAUGGACGGAAGGUUUUAGAGGUCCGUCCAGUGAUUGACUGGAACAAGGGAAAGGCAGUUGAGUUUUUGCUUGAUUCUCUUGGGCUGAGUGACAGCGAAGAUGUGCUUCCGAUCUACAUCGGGGAUGACAAGACAGACGAAGAUGCAUUUAAGGUACUGCGAGAAGGAAAUUGUGGUUUUGGUAUUCUAGUAGCUUCAACACCUAAGGAAACUAGUGCUGUUUACUCACUCAAGGAUCCAUCAGAGGUCAUGGAAUUUUUGAAGUUGCUGGGCGAUUGGAAGAAGACCGAAGAAGCGGGGAAUGAUUGAGAAUCAAAUGCCGUCUCAACAAGUAUGUUGCAGAAAGCAGAUUAGAUCAAGGCUCUCGUGUUGUUCUUUUUCCUGCUUACAAUAAAAGAGGAGGCCUAUUGCUUGCAA